AUGAGGUCGACAGCAAUAAUUGCAACCGCAUUGGCAUUUGCUGCCAGUGCCGAUGCUGCAUCUGCCGAUGACUGGGCCAAGAGGUCUAUCUAUCAAGUCAUCACGGACCGCUAUGCGCGCUUAGUUGAUUCCACUGACGAUUGCAACAUCACGAAAUACUGCGGCGGCACCUGGUCCGGGCUUAUGAGCAAGCUAGACUAUAUCCAAGACUUGGGGUUCACAGCAGUACAAAUCUCGCCUAUUCAGGAGAACUUGCCUGAAGAAACAAUUUACGGAGAAGCGUUUCAUGGCUACUGGCCCCAGAACCUCUAUGGACUCAAUGCUCAUUUCGGUACAGCCGAUGAUUUGAAGCACCUGGUUUCAGAACUACACAAACGUGACAUGUACCUGAUGGUGGAUGUAGUGGCAAAUGAGCUUGCAUAUAGCAUUGGCCAAACCAAUAUGACUGCCGAUAAUACUACAAUUAUUGACUAUUCUGCGUUUGCGCCAUUUAAUCAAUCUUCCGACUUCACUUCUUACUGUCCAAUUCUCGACUGGUCAAAUGCAACAGAAUCUACGCACUGUUGGCUUGGGUAUGAGGGCGUUGCUACGCCGCGAAUCAAGACGACAGAGCCAACUAUUGCUUCCACACUGGAUCAAUGGAUUGCUGAUCUGGUGGGCACAUAUGAUAUUGAUGGUAUCAGGAUAGAUGGAGCAAAACAGAUCGAGUCGAGUUUCUUUCACAAUUUCAUCGAGAGUGCUGGUGUCUAUGCAAUGGGCGAGGUGUAUGAUGGUGACGCCAAGUUUCUGUGUGGGUAUCAAAGUCUUACCUCUGGGCUGGAGAAUUAUGCGUUGUAUGGGAAGAUCAUCGAAGCUUUCACAGCGGGCAAGAUGGCAGAUCUUGUUGCCAUGGUAGGAGCAAUGCGUCAGGCUUGUCAUUCACCUCAGUAUCUGGCCAAUUUCAUUGAGAAUCAAGACAAUCCUCGAUUUGCGUCGUUGACUCAGGAUAUGGCUUUGGCAAAAAACGCACUUGCAUUCACCAUUCUCAGUGACGGAAUCCCCAAGAUGUACUACGGACAAGAGCAACAUCUUCCCGGCAACUACUCCCCAUACAACCGACAAGCUCUAUGGCCUACUCAGUACGACACUUCCACCGAGCUAUACAACCUAACAGCAACAUUAAACAAACUACGCAACCACGCCAUCUCCAUCGAUGACCAUUACGUAACGAACUGGAGCUCAAUCCUCUACACUGACGGAUCUACAUAUGCCACUCGCAAGGGUCCCAACGGAGCGCAGAUUGUUGCCGUUCUCUCUAAUCAGGGGUUGCAAGGCGGCGACUAUACGCUGCAGGUACCUGGAGUUGCGGAUUCGGGAACGAAUUUGACAGAAGUGACUCUGUGUGAUAGUACUGUUAUCGCUGGUGAGAAUGGAACAAUCACGGUUCCUAUGGGUCAUGGGCAGCCACGAGUUUAUUACCCGACCUUUAAUCUGAAUGGGUCUGGGUUGUGUGGUUUUUCGUCUUCUCCUUUUCUUUCAUCAUCGACGGAAAAGUCGACUUCUUCAAAUUCAACGUCUUCGGGCGUACCAGCUGCAAGUUCGUCUGUGCCCUUGGGAAGUGGCAUAACGGUUCAGGCCUCUGGAUGGCUGAUAUUCUCAGCUUUGGUUGUAUCAGUUAUCACUGUGAUGUAA